AUGCCGGCGCAGCAGGAGGAGCUCGAAGAACGCUUCGUGCAGGCGCUCAAGUUCGACGAGGACGAGGACGAGGAGGACCAGCAGCGGGAAGAGGGCUACGACGAGGGCAGCGGCCAAGACAAUGACGAGAGCUACCAGCAGGAAGAGGAGGACUACCGUCGACCUCUCAGCCGGUCGGCGUCGUCGGCAGCCUCCCGCUCCACCGCGUCCUUCGACCGCGACUUCGACGAUGGCCCCAUGCCGUACUCGGACUCCGCCGCCAUCCAAUCCAAGAAGUACAUGGAGCGCGACCAGGUGCGGCUGGCGCUGGAGCAGGAGGAGCGCACUCGGCGCUUGAACAAGAUCCGCGCGCGUCGCCAGCACUUGGACAAGUGGACGCAGAAGACGGCGCGCUCCCCGUUCCACGUGAACCUUGUGGCCGACAACGAACGUCUGGACGAGGAGCAUCGCCUCCGCAUGAUGGAGCGCGCACGUCGCUCGCGGGAGCUGGAGAAGCGAGCCAAAGCAGCCAAGAGCGAGGUCAUCCUGAAAGCACUCACCGAGACGCCAGAUCUGGAGCUGCUGCGCCGCGAGAAGCGCGCCAUCAUCGACGAGGAGAAGCGGCUGAAGGCGCUGCUGGACCUCGAGAAGACCAACUCGCACCGCAAAAUGGACCUCCUCGCGGCGCGCAACGCUGAGAAGCGACGUCGGCAGGAGAAGGAAGAGUACCGUCGUCGCCAGCGUCAGCAGGAGCUCCACGAGCGCGAGGCCCGAUACAAACAGCUCCUCAAAGAGAAGCUGGCGUUGGAGGACGAGUAA